UCUCUGGGGGUUUUCAGGGGUCCAGCCAGAUCUCUGGGCAGGCCUGGUUGCAGUACUUGCCAUAAAAUUGCAGUAAUAAAAUAUAUUGUACAAAUUCCCACAGCACACCAAGGCUCGCCUUAAGGCACACUACUGUGCCUUGCCACACCAUAGAGAACCCCUGUAUCAGAGCCCCCAGCAGUUCCUGUAUUUAGAAAGCAGGAAGUUAAAAACAAAGGAGAGGGGUGUAUGAGAGUCAGAGGAAAAAGAUUUUAACGGUGUGGUUCUGAAAAUUCUCAUUCAUGUUCUGAGCGACAUGAGAGUGAUAUGACGGUUUAUGAUUCUGUAGAAGACAAAAGUUUGCAAUAUAUCAACCUCGUUUUAAGAAAAACAUAGUUCAUUCACAAUCUCAACCAAAAACUACUACAAUACCCACAAUCCUUGGGUGGUUAAUUUUGACAGCACUUUUUGAUUUAGUUUUAUAGUCUUUUGCUAAAAAUACCUUUAAGUUUUAGUCAUAAUUUAGUCAUAUAAAUUGUUUUAGUUUUAGUCUAGUUUUGAUUGACGAAACUUCCCAACAUUUUAGGUGACGAAAUUGACAGUAAAUUUAGACGACUGAUUGGAUCUCUCCCCAACUUACCCCACCCCCACGCAGAAAAAGCAGUUGUGAUUGGAUCUCCCCCGUAUCUCAUCCCACCUUUCCACACAGCCAAAGUAGCUGUGAUUGAAUAUAUGCCUAACUUGCCCCUACUCUCUACAUGUCGAAAUUUGGUCUGAUUGGAUAAAGUCUCUGUCAAACAUUUUGGUCUCGUUUCUAUUUGUUGAAUAAAGUGUCAGUUAACUUCGUUUUAGUUUUUGUCCAUGUGCACUUGUUUUUAUUAGUUACUGUCUCGUUUUCGUCAGGGGAAAAAAGGCUAUUAACAAAAACUAUAAUGAAAAUAAAUAGUCAACAAAAUGAACACUGUUACAGCACCCUCUCCAAUUGGUGGGGUCUCUGGUUUCCAUAAAAAUCUCAUGGUGUGCAGGUUGUGUUAACAGCAUCCUCAAAUUGAAACAAGAAGUGCAGUAGAUUUUACACACUGAGUGUUUAAAGAUAGCCGCCUUUAUAACAGAUCAUUUACCUGGUCAAGUAGCAAAAAAACUUCAUGCUGGUCACACACUGCUGUGGAGUGGCACCCCAUUCUUCAACCAGCAUGUAAUCCCGCAAGUGUUCAAGGGGGGAGGUCAAGACUGCUGGCAGGCCAUUCCAUCCUCUUGUCAUCCUGAUGACGAGCAAUCAGCUGAGUGUUCACUACUUCUUCUCCACACUUUGACCCUACAAUCCAACUGCUGUAGGCAGAAUCUGGACUCACAGCUGAGUAUAAAAGGAGCCAAUUAGGCACCUGAUUGUCAGCUCCUGGGCAUACCAGAAGCUCAAAACAAGAGUCAAUGGCAGAAUAAGCUGUAUGGGAUUGGUGGAGAAGAUUUUACAAAUUUUUCAUGGGUGCAACCCACAUGCUCAGCUCUGCUGUUCAUCCCACAAAUGCAUGAUCCUUACAAAUGUGGUAACAUUUAAAAGGGAAAUAAACAGGCUUUCCAAUGGUAUAAGAUUUAUUGCCAAGAUGCAACAAAGAAAUAAUCUACCAAACAUAAAUUUACUUACUUUUUGUGCUCAGUUUAGUUCUUCCCAUUUGUAAUCGAAAUGGUUAAAUUCUGGUUUAAACUGACUCAAACAGAACCCCGCUUCACUCAUUCAGGCAUGUCCAGUGUAAACCUGGAGGUUAUGUGCGUUUCUUUGUGUAACUCAGCCACAGGCGGAAAUAAGAAUCCAAGUUUCGUAUUUAACUGUAAUUUGAGCUUUCAGUUUCUCUGGAAUAUAACAUCAUUGUUUGUCUUCCUGACUCCCAGAAUUCCUUAGUGUUUAUUACAUACUUCCAGAAGAGACCUGCAGAAAAAUGUUGAUUCAUGUGAAACAAUAACACUAGAGUAUUUUAUUAGUCUGUAUAAACACCAGCCCCGCUCAGAUCCAUGACUUAGCGUCUUUACUAAGAAUAAAAACAGCGAGUCCAGGCCUGCAUAUCUGAUUGGCUCACUGUGACUCACGAUUACCAGCAGCUGCCUCUCUGCUUCCUGCUCCAGACUCCACAUGGAUUUCACAACCUCCCCCUCUCUCUCUCUCUCUCUCCCUCAAUAUAAAUGCAUUUGGUAAGCAUGCAUCACUGACUUCUUUGGUAGGGAGUAACUCAACACCGUGACUCUUUCCUCGUCUGAUUCUCGGCCUAAACAGACUUCACAUUCAACUAAUCCUCUUUUCUAGAACAACUUUUACAUGUGAGUUAUUACAUCUGUCUUUAGACCUUCAGAGUAUAUUUGGAUGUUAAUUCUGAGUUUUAUUCCUCCAGGACUCGAGUGUAACCAGAGGAUGUUUUUGGUGAAAAGGCCAAAAACAGCCAAACCAAACCCAGGCCUGAAACCAUCGCCAUGAGGAGGGUGAGAAUGAUCCCAUGGUUGCUGCUGUUGGUCUCAUUGUUCGGUGAAAGUACACAAGAUGGAAAAGAAAAUGGGGUCUUUCCCUGUGGACCUCAGGACCUAAACCUGAGCAGUUCUGGCCAGACAAUCCUGUCAACAUGGGAGGACGACCGCUCCUGCUCUGCUGUGCAUGGCGUGUUGAUCUACGAGGUGGUGGUUCUUAUAGAAGACCAACAAGUCCACCAUGAUGAAGUUACUGUGAUGCCUGAUCAAAUCGGAUCCACUCACUCCUGGAACUGGACGUCCUAUUUGGCACUGGAGUGUGCGUCCCACUCAGUCAGGAUUAGUUUACAAGACAACAUUGCAAGUUCAUGGAUGCAGGAGAAGACUCUUCCUGGAAGGAAAGUCUCCACAAAGCCAGAGGUUUACCCCCGAGAUAAGGUGUUUGAGGUUGGUAGUACAGCCACCUUCUGCUGCAUCAUGCCGCCAGGGCAGGUUUUCAACAAAUUAUACCUGACUGGUUACAAUGCUUCUGACGCGACCAAAAUCAGUGAUCACACCUAUGCUCUGACCGUCUUACUCAACCAGCCGUCAGAACACAGCUGCACCGAUGUGAAAUGUCAGUCGUCUAACUACGGGGCAUGUGCUUACAUCGGCUACCCUCCUGAUGACAGAGAUCUUUGGUGUGAGACGCGAGAUCUGGAAUCAGUGGACUGUCACUGGUCCAUAGGAAGGAAGACGCACCUGCACAAACCCAGUAUUUCAACUAAGUAUCAGCUCAAUGGAAGAGAUUGUCCAGAAAGAUAUAAGGCGUCAUGUUCUCAGAGAAUUGAAGCGCACUCUGGAGAGAGAGAGUGGAUGUUAACAGCUAAGAAUAAACUGGGGAGGAAGGACCUGAUCGACCGGUCAGACCUGAGGAGAAGAGUGCACAUGUUCGCUCCUGAAGAAUUGUCAUCUUCAUCUGUGAAUGCCAGAAACAUCACCUUAAUGUGGAAAUGGAGAGUUCAGCGGUACGUUGAUCUGGAUAUAACGUGCCAAAUUAACAUCAGUGAUGGCGAAACGAGCACAGAGAUUACAGCUAAUGGAGUCGGCCUCCUUUCAGCCAUUGUUAAAGAUCUGAUACCAAACUGGAACUAUAUUGCAACAGUACGAUGUGGAACAACUCAACAUUUCUGGAAAUGGAGCAACUGGAGUCAAAGUGUCAACUUCCAAACAAGGGGGGAUGUUCCAGAUGCUCUGGAUGUUUGGAUGCAGAGGACGGAGGACCAAACUGUGAUUCUUUGGAAGGAGCUGCAGGCGGAGCAGAGUCACGGAGAAAUCUCUGAGUAUGAAGUGAGCUGGAAGAAAACCUCAGAGAGUGAACUUCAAAAUCAAACCAAAGUGGAUAAAAAUGACCACAGCGUUGCUCUCAAUCUGGACCGAGCUGAGGAGCACAUCGUCACUGUGACGGCGAGGAAUAUAAACGGCAGCUCAGCCCCGUCAACCAUCAUCAUACCUCCACUCAGUACGGGCAGUCACCAUGUGGACACUAACCAGAUCAGUGGCAGUGAUGGCGGCUUCUAUCUGUCGUGGUCGCCGAGUCCUGCAGCGAGCUGUGGCUACGUUGUGGACUGGUGUCUGGUCUCUGAGAGCUGCAGAGUGGAGUGGAUGAAAGUGACGACAAAUGAAAGUAAUGCAAGAAUAGUUUCAGAAAACUUCAUAGACGGGCAGAGAUACCUGCUGUCAGUUUACGCCUGCACCCUCAGAGCUCCGGUGCUGUUAGAGAGAAGAGAAGGAUACGUGAAGGAGAAGAUAAUAGAAAAAGGCCUGUUUCAGCCAUUACAGUGGAAACAGCAUCACUCAGACGUCGAGGUUUUCUGGAGGCCUGUACCUUUAAGAAACCAGUCUGCCUUCAUCCACGGAUACGUGCUCUACUACACUGACAACAACAAUAAGCUAGUCCUCAUUGACAGCACAGACAAUCCUGAAGCCACCAGGCUGACAGCGCCAAACCUGAAAAUCCACACCUACACCUUCACGGUAAAGGCCAAGACGGCGGCAGGAGAGGGAGGAGAUUCGGUCAUCAUCGUCACCUUAAACUCACUCACUGAUAAUUUAAUCCAGGUCAUUUCCAUCUCACUGAUCGUCAUUUUCGCUCUCCUCUCCCUCGUCACCAUCCUGUGCUACAGACACUGGUCAUGCAUCAAACACAAAGUCUAUCCUCCGAUCCCAAAGCCGGUGCUGACGGACAAAUGGUUGGCGACGGUUGACAAUCGCUGCCAUCCGCUCUGCGUGGACCAGUACGUCCACAGUGAAAUAUCAAACAUGGCUGUCCCAGAGCUGUUCCGUAAACCAGCAGCCCCAGUGAACCAUUAUGUGAUCCAGGGGAACGAUCCUUACAUUUCUGUCCAGACUAUCAACGGUUACUGCAACCAUGCUGUUGAUACCCACAUCCCACAGCCCCUCAUCAUCCCGACUACAGACAUCCCGACUCAGCAGGGCACGCCGUCCCCUCCGUUCAGGAGUUUAUUUCCUAACCCGUCCUACGACCUGACCAUGGAGACGGAGUAUGAGCCGUUUAGCCAGGAUCCACAGCUUCAGGAGGGAACGCUUUUAGGGAAAGGCUGUGACGGGUACCAGCCUCAGACCAAGACUGAGUUCUUCUGCUUAGACCAGAAGGAGGAGCGUCCAGACAGCCCCAUGUCCUGUGUCUCUACGUAUGUCCUGUUACCACAGUCACCACAUGUGUAGAAGCUUCAUGCAUGGCAAAAUAGCUCAUAAACAAGAUUGUGAAUGUCACCGUGCUGCUAGAAAAGCUAUUUAAAUGAGGUCAGUAAUACAUGUAUUAUAUCACAGUGCUCCAAAGUCUCACCUAAAAGGGGAUUCUCUGAUCUUGAUCCAAAACUAAACUCUAAACUGUUAAAGACUCUGACUGUUGUUCAACAAUACUGCAGAAAUUGUUGUACAUAAAUUAACUCUUUUUUCAGGAUGAGCUGCCCUUUUAAAAACAGAAUUUAUAUUUUUGUCUCCAAAGCCACGAGGCUCCAUCAACAGAAAAAGAGAAGCUUAAACAAGAACAAAAAAUUAAAGUUAAAAAAAUUAGAAUUUAUACCAAAGAAAUAGAACAUUUAAAGUUUAAACAGUCGUUUAUUCACAAGAACUAAAACCCUUUUUUUUUUAAAAAUAUAAAUCUAUGAGAAAAGCUCAUUUUUUAGUUGUAAAAUAAUUUUAAAAAAUGACUCAGAUAUUGCAUGUU